UCCAUCUCAUGAUCGGGGACUACUCGAUCGAGCCACUGGAGGACAACUACGGGUGCCUCGUCGAUCUUCUCGGCCGCGCCGGGCGUCUUGAUAAGGUUGAGGAGCUCAUUCAAACCAUGCCCAUGUGGCCAUCUCCCGCUCAAUGGAUGAGCCUCUUGGGCGCUUGCCACAUCCACGGUGACGUACACCGGGGUGUACGGACAUCCCGGAGCUCGAACCAUGGCCACUCCUCGGCGUACGUCGUGAUGUCCAACCUCUGUACGGUCAGAUGACGCCCGUCAGGUCCUUGUCACGCUCAUUAAACAUGGUGGCCCAUUCUUAUCCCCGUCCGUACGCGCGCUGGCCUGGAGCAGCAGAUGCCAAGGCCGGGCAUUUUUGUCGCGCUUCCGUACGCGAGUGUUCUAGGCGAUUCCAGCCCGAUCGAUCGAUCGAUCAGAUGGGUCUGACGAGCAACUACCUCACGGGGAUCCUGAAUUUUGUGGCGAUGAUCCUCUCGCUGGCGGUGAUUGGGGCGGGAAUUUGGCUUGCGCACCGGCACGAGACGGCGUGCGUGAAAUUCCUCCAGUUUCCCGUGAUCGCGCUAGGGCUCUUCAUCCUGCUCGUGUCCCUGGCGGGAUUUAUCGGCAGCUGCUUCCGGAUCGCGUGGCUGCUGUGGAUCUAUCUCCUGGUUAUGCUGCUCCUCAUCCUAGCGCUGCUGGCAUUCACGGCAUUUGCGUUUGUGGUGACGAGCAGGGGCGGUGCCAGGCAUUCUCUGGCUGGAUUGGGCUACGAGGAGUAUAGGCUCACGGAUUACUCGCCCUGGCUCCAAGAUCGCGUCAAGAAUCCGGGAAAUUGGGCAAAGAUCAAGAGCUGCUUGAUCGCUGCGAGGGUUUGCGUCGGCCUGGAAGAAGCUACAUUCACCAAUUACUCCCCAUUGCAGUCUGGAUGCUGCCGGCCUCCAGCGGCGUGUGGCUUCGCUAACGCCACAAGCUGGGCGGAUCCCCAGAACCCUAAUUCCGACCCGGAUUGCUCGCGGUGGAACCAGGAGGAUCUGUGCCUGGACUGCGGUUCCUGCAAGGCGGGAGUGCUCGAGAACAUCAAGCGCGACUGGCGCAAGGUCGCGUUCGUGAGCGCGGUGAUGUUCUUCUUCCUGGUGAUCGUCUAUUCCGUGGGCUGCUGCGCGUUUCGAAACGCUCGCAAGAAAGAAGUUUUAGGGUUCUAGAGGGUCAAAAUUUGUCAACGGUCAGCCGUUUGAAUUGUUUAAUUUUUUUUUCUAAACGAGAGAAGGGUUGAGACUA